UGGGAGGAGGGGAAGGAAAAGGAAAAAAAACCCUAUAGGGAGUCCUGUAAUGGCGACGGGGUUGUCAGAUAAUCUGAAGCGCCCUACAAUGGUUUGGGAAAUAAAGACAAACCAAAUGCCUACUGCGGUGCAGAAAGUCCUGUUGGUGAUGGACAAGAGAACUUCAGGAAUGAACGAGGCACUGGACUUACUGAAGUGUAACGAGAAUAUUCCGUCUUCUCCUGGAUAUGCAUCUUCUGAUGAGCAUAUGGAACUCGAUGAUCUUCCUGAAUUGCAGGCGGUUCACAGCGAUUCUACCCCACCCGCCCUCUUCCAGCUAAGUGCUCAUGUCUCACAUCAGGAAUACGCAAGGCCUUCUUGGAACCAACACACCUCAGGCAGCAGUCCAGAAAGCGCUUAUCCAUGCGAGAAUGGCGUGAACUGGUUGACGGAGCUGGCAAAUAUAGCCACGAGCCCACAAAGUCCUCUCAUGCAGUGCUCGUUUUAUAACACGUCAUCUCCGGUUCACUUACUAGCUACAAGCAAAAGUUUACAUUCCUAUGCACGCCCACCACCAGAAUCUUCUCCAAAUGAGACAGGUUUUCCCAAGCAUCACGUUGAGGAAACACCAAUCAGACACGAAAGGACAAACAGUGAAUCAGAGUCUGGCAUUUUCUGUAUGUCAUCAUUGUCAGACGAUGAUGAUCUGGGAUGGUGCCACUCUUGGCCUCCAACUGUUUGGCACUGUUUCCUUAAAGGAACACGUUUAUGCUUUCACAAAGGACGCAAUCGCGUAUGGAUCGAUGUUGAAGAUUUUGCUCGAUCGGCCGGCUGCAGAAACGAGGUUGAUGAUUCAAUGGGAGCCUAUAAAGGCUAUGGCGCUGAUGGGUUGAAGCUGAUCUCGCACGAAGAGAGCAUUUCCUUUGGCGAAUCAGUACUGAAAUUGACUUUUGAUCCCGGCACAGCAGCUGAGGACUUACUCACCGCGGAGUGCAGACUGGACCACCCCUUCUAUGUUAAAAACAAAGGUUGGUCUUCUUUCUAUCCAAGCUUGACUGUGGUUCAGCAUGGCAUUCCAUGUUCUGAAAUGCACCUCGGUGAUAUCUGUCUACCUCGUGGACAUCCUGAGGCCCUCAACUUUGACGAUUCUGGUGUUUUUGAUACAUUCAAAAGUUACGAUUUUACACCCAUGGACUCCUCCGCGGUCUACGUGUUAAGCAGUAUGGCUCGUCAGCGGCGGGCUUCUCUCUCCUGCGGGGGCUCUGGGAGCCCAGACUUUGAAAGAUCCGAUUGUGGGCCUACCCAGUCCAUGCAGACGUCCUCCAUGUACAGCAAAUCUGGCAAAAACCACCACUCAGGGACUGCCAGUACUGUUAGUGCCACUUCUCCCAACAAAUGCAAAAGACCAAUGAAUGCCUUCAUGCUUUUUGCCAAAAAAUACCGAGUAGAAUAUACUCAGAUGUACCCAGGAAAAGAUAACAGAGCCAUAAGUGUGAUACUUGGGGACAGGUGGAAGAAAAUGAAAAAUGAGGAAAGGCGGAUGUAUACCUUAGAAGCCAAGGCCUUGGCUGAAGAACAAAAGCGUUUGAAUCCCGAUUGCUGGAAACGGAAACGAACAAAUUCAGGGUCUCAGUAGCAUCAAGAUGGAACUUGAAUAAAUCCAGGGUGAUGGGAAGACACGAUCAAGGUUUCGUGAUUUGGUGUGGCGGUGUGGCUGUAAUACACUGGCAUCGUUGGAGUCACUAAGGAAUGAAGUUUUGCUUAUUACAAGUAGAGCAUUAAGCAAGCUAAGAGUAUCAACAUUUAAAAAAACAAAAAAACCAAAUUGCCUUACAUAUAUAUUUUAUUUUUCCCUUCCAAACUACAUUAUAUGUCUAUCAGGUGUAAUAGGCUUGAACAUGGAUAUCCUGUGGUGCUAAGGAGAAUAGUAGGAAGAAGAGAGGAGCUUUGUAUAAAAAGUUUCAUUUUCUAAGGAAAAAAAAAUUGCACAAAAAGGGUGCAGUUUGAAACAUGUAACAUCUGUUUAUAGGACAAUUUUUAUUGCUGAUUAAUACGUAUUGCACAAACUUAUGUAAUUAAACUACCAAUUUUGCAAGCUGGAAUCUUCUGACAUAUAAUAGAUAUAUAUAUAUGAACUUCUAGUUUGCCCGGUGCCAACAGAAAUAUCAGAAUAUGUGGCAAAGCGAAUAGUAUAUAUAAUGUACGCUAUAUGUAGCAAAUUGUUGUCUAUAUGGGAAAGUGUCACAUAUUUUGGGUGUGAUAACUUUAGUAAAAUGAAAGGCUGGUGAGAAGCCUGAGCUGCAUUAAAAAAGAUUAAACCCACAAGCAGAUUGCAUUGUUCAAGAGGAAUGGUGCUUUCAUAAUUCUUUCAUUUAAUGUUAAUUUUUUUUCCUAUGCUGCGUAUUUUAAAAGAUUUUAUUUUGCCAUAAGACAUCAUUUAUGGUGGGGACAAACCUUGCACUUAUUUUCGGUGCAAUAUUUGCACUUUACUUCCCCCUCUCCCCCUUUCAUCUAUCUAAAAAAUAGAGCAGAUAUAUAUAUUCGAUUAAUGGCUAUUUUUGCUGUGAACAUUUAGAACAUAGCUUUUAAUAUUACUAAAUAGUGUGUUUCUGUCAAGAAAUCACAAGAAAUUUCAGCACCUGAUAUGUACGUCUCUACGUGUUGCUCCUAUGAUUUUGCACACUGUAUUCUUGUAUUAUUUCAAAAUAAAUUGUAAAAAAUUA